AUGUGCCUGUCCCUGGUCCUUUCCCAGUUCUGCGAGGAGUUCAAGGAGAAGUGUCCCAUCUGCGUGCCCUGCGGGCUGAAGCUGGCAGAGAAGACGCAGACGGCCAUCGUCCGGCACUUCGGCCUGCAGAUCCUGGAGCAUGUGGUCAAGUUCCGCUGGAACAAUAUGCCUCGCCUAGAAAAGGUUUAUCUAAAGAACAAUGUCAUGGGCCUCAUAUCCAGUGGAACUCAAAGUAUUCUGGAGGAGGAAAGUCACAUUAAGGAUGUUCUGUCUCGCAUUGUGGUGGAGAUGAUCAAGCGCGAAUGGCCUCAGCACUGGCCUGACAUGCUAAAGGAGCUGGAUACCCUCUCCAAGCAAGGGGAAACUCAGACGGAACUGGUGAUGUUCAUCCUCCUACGUUUGGCAGAGGAUGUGGUGACUUUUCAAACUCUGCCUACCCAGCGGCGACGCGAUAUCCAGCAAACCCUCACCCAGAACAUGGAGAAGAUCUUCAGCUUCCUACUAACUACCCUACAGCAGAAUGUCAACAAGUACAGGCGCAUGAAAGCUGAUCUGGCUCAGGAGCCAAAGGCCCAGGCAAACUGCCGCGUGGGGAUAGCAGCACUCAACACCUUGGCUGGCUACAUUGACUGGGUGGCCCUGAGCCACAUCACAGCAGACAACUGCAAGCUCUUGGAGAUGACAGCAGAUGGAGAAGGCCUGGUGGAGAAGCACUACGUUUUCUUGAAGAGACUUUGCCAAGUUUUGUGUGCAUUGGGCAGCCAGCUGUGUGCUUUGCUAGGCUCAGAUUCUGAUGUGGAAAUGCCAACCAACUUUGGAAAAUACCUUGACUCGUUUUUAGCCUUCACAACCCAUCCCAGCCAGUUUCUGCGCUCUUCCACCCAGAUCACAUGGGGAGCCCUCUUUCGGCAUGAAGUUCUGUCUCGUGACCCCUUGUUGCUGGCUAUGAUUCCCAAGUAUCUCCGUGCGUCUAUGACCAACCUAGUGAAGGUGGGCUUUCCCUCUAAAACAGACAGCACCAGCUGUGAGUACUCCCGCUUUGAUUUUGACAGUGAUGAGGACUUCAAUGCCUUCUUCAACU